CAUGUCGGCGCAGAAACUGAGAAAAUAGAUGUUAUUUAAUAUUAUUAUAAACAUAUUUUCUCUAAAUAACGCCGUUUUUAACUAAUAAGUAACUAUAAUUUAUAGUUGCUCAAAUAUUUAACUUAUUAAUAAAGUGCUUUGUUAAACAGUUUUCGUCGUGGAUUCCAAAACAAGCGUGUUGGAGAUGUGUACGGAGACAUGGCGCGGCGCGGGCGUGGCCCGGUCGCCGUCACACGAGUCUGUAACAACUGAUCUAUCAUUGUUCAGUGUAUCAUCAGCUGCUUCAGAUGCCAGGGUGCUACGUAUGCUUGCAUGCAAGGCGGGCCAAGGUCCUGAUCCGUCCAUCAGAGUGGCUAGUCCUAAUCCAGAUGGCAAGGCUUCUAAAUCAUCAGCGGCGUUGCCAUUGGCAUCAGGUGAGAGUGGUGAUGCAUGCCGGGAGGUGUUAGCUGGGUGUGCAGCGUUGUGUGCGCAGCUCGGUCUGCGUCGGUCCUUCAGUGCGGCUGAUGUGUGUCAGGUGCAUGCUUCGCCACCACCCAGAAGCGCAACUUCUGAAGUGGGUCUAUGCGCUGCACUGGAGGCUCUCACUAUGAACGCUGCAUCUCGCUCCUGCAGCACCUGGGUUGCCGUGGGAGGGUCUCAGCUGCCGUCUCCGCAGCGAGCUCACCCAUCUCACCUGACACCGCGCCCGCAACCCAGUGAUAAUAAAAAAGUUCGUCAGAACUACAUAAAGAAGCGUCUACUGACCACUUACAGGGCGUUAGAAAGAAUGUCUCAGUCUGAAUUCAAUUUGGACAGGCUCGAGCAAGCGGCCGCAGCAUCAGCAGCUGGUCGCAGCACAGGCAACUGUCUGGCUGCACCACCUGCUAGACCUAACACACGCUUACUGCAUCCCGAGACAGCCCAUUUGGUGCUGACGGCCGCAGACUUGGAGCGCGAGCGCGGCCGACCUCUCUCCAAAUACGAACGUAACAUGAUGAUAUUCAAUUGGCUCCAUACUCUUGAUGAAGGUGCACCUUACUAGAUCAACCUGGGACAAUAACAAGGUUGAUAACCCUACACUUUGAUAUCAAAGUGUAAGUUAACUGUAUAGUUUACCCUACAAAUACAUCCCACCAACUAUAACUUUUUUUUUGUCAUACCAACUUAUUAUAGACUAUUUUAAGGUCUACGCUUAUUUAUUUUUAUAUCGAAAUACUAAAUUUACGAUUAUCUGUUGCAAUGUUAACCCGCCAAUAAUUGGGCAGAUUACCCUACUUCUGUAUAAAACAUAUCGUCAUCCCUGUCAUUAUCUUUGACAAAAUAGAGAUAACAAUAUUUUUUUUAUAU